AAUGACCUUAUGGGCUCCUCAGCACUUUUUCCACAGGUUAUCAAAGAAAUCUUGACAAACAGCAGGACAAUACAGUACUCAGCUUGUGUUGCUCAAGCUUUUUUUAUUCACAUCUAUGCAGGAGGUUCUGUGUUUAUUCUGUCUGCUAUGGCCUACGAUAGAUACAUUGCCAUAUGUUGCCCUUUGAAAUACAACACUGUUAUGACUAAUGCUCACAUUAUGAAAGUAAUCACAGUUGCAUGGAUGAGUAUUUUAGUUUUAAUUAGUGUGCUUUUUUGUCUGCUUUUGCGUUUACCUCGCUGCCGAUAUGAAAUAACAAUAACCUACUGUGAUAAUCCAUCUUUGUUGUCUUUGGCCUGUGCCAACACAACCAUCAAUAACAUUUAUGGACUUUUUACUGUCGCUUUUACACAAGUCAUAGCUAAUGGAAUGAUUUUAUAUACAUAUCUCCAGAUCCUUGCUGCAUGCUUCAGAUCCAAAAGAUCAGACACAAAAGCCAAAGCUUUGCAGACGUGUGCUACACACCUAAUAGUUUUCCUUCUGUUGGAGUGUCUGGGGCUUUUCACUAUCAUAUCAUAUAGAAUAAAUGACAUUUCACCACAUUUCAGGAGAUUCAUGGGGUUGUCAACAUUAAUUUUCCCCCCAACUCUGAAUCCAAUCAUCUAUGGAUUGAAAACAAGAGAAAUUCGAGAAACAGUAGUACGCUUUUUUAGGAAUAAAAUCCUUAUAUCUUAA